CUGUCCCAGUGCCACGCGUGGUGGAGGCGGGGCCGCCACUCUCCCUUCGCCGGAGCGGCCACGUGGGCAGCGGGUUGGGGCUCCGGGAGCGGGUCUGGCCCCGUGCGCGUAACCGCGGCUCCCCUCGUGUGUCCCGCCGGGCCCGGCCGCCUGCCAGACGCACCAUGAGCGUGGGCUUCAUAGGAGCCGGGCAGCUCGCCUUCGCCCUGGCCAGGGGCUUCACCGCCGCAGGGAUUUUGGCUGCUCAUAAGAUCACAGCAAGUUCCCCAGACACUGACCUCCCAACUGUAUCUGGACUGAGGAAAAUAGGUGUAAACUUCACUAUAAGUAACAAAGAAACAGUUAAAAACAGCGAUGUUCUGUUCCUGGCUGUGAAACCUCCCAUCAUUCCCUUCAUUCUGGACGAGAUUGGCUCAGACAUAGAGAAUCGCCACAUCGUGGUCUCAUGUGCUGCUGGUGUCACUAUCAGCUCCAUCGAGAAGAAACUCUCUGCCUUCUCUCCCACCCCAAAAGUGAUCAGGUGCAUGACUAACACACCUGUGAUCGUGCGGGAAGGUGCUACCGUCUAUGCCACGGGGACUCAUGCAGAAGUGGAAGAUGGGAAGCUCCUGGAACAGCUGAUGGCCAGUGUGGGCUUCUGCACUGAAGUAGAAGAGGACCUAAUAGAUGCUGUUACAGGGCUCAGCGGCAGCGGCCCUGCUUAUGCAUUCACAGCCCUGGAUGCUCUGGCAGAUGGAGGUGUGAAAAUGGGGCUUCCCCGCAGGCUAGCUGUCCGACUUGGAGCCCAGGCCUUACUGGGUGCUGCCAAAAUGCUGUUGGAAUCUGAGCAGCAUCCCGGGCAGCUGAAGGACAAUGUCUGCUCACCUGGGGGAGCCACCAUCCAUGCCCUGCACUUCCUGGAAAGUGGAGGCUUUCGCUCACUGCUCAUCAAUGCCGUGGAGGCUUCCUGCAUUCGCACAAGGCUCUUCCUGCAGGGAGCUGCAGCACCUAGCGGAUCAGGAGAAGGUCUCCCCAGCUGCCAUUAAGAAGACCCUUCUGGAUAAGGUGAAGCUGGAGUCUCCCUCUGUUUCCAUGGCCUCUGCCAGCAAAGUCAGUCUGUUCAGCAGCAGCUGGGCACCCAACAGCAAGAAGAACUGAAGGGAUGAGGCUCCUCCAGGCACCAGCCCCCGCCCCCCCUGCAUGCACUUUCUUCUCACUCUGUAAAGGAAAAGCUCUAGUCCUAGGUGUUCCCAGCCCCUUGCCUGGCUCUUGGCCUGCAGCAACUUUGGGGGCGGUGCAAAGCUGUAGAGAAGGGACCUUAACUUCCAGCUGAGGGUGGGAACACAGUCACUAGCACUUUCUGCCCUUUGGGGGAGGGCGGUUGCUCCAUCACUGGCACAGCUGGUUGUCAGGGACACAAAGCAUCUCCUCUGGCCAGAGGGCUGGCUUCUCUGUAAAGUUACAACCCACUCCCCAAUAAUCUCCUGGGCAGUAGUAUAUUGUGAUGGGUUUAUUUUAAGGCGUAUCCUGCUGCUACUUGGCUCUGAAGGUUAGAGCGGGGCCCUCAUGGCUCCAUGGCUCCUAUCCCCAUCUCUUUUUCUUCACCACCCAGAAUUCACAUUUCAGUAGCUGCCUGGUGCAGACCACGUAUCUUUCUGUGCAGAUCUCAGAGCAUGUAUCUCUGGUGUGCCUGGUGUGAUUUUCAGGCCAGGCCAUCUGAACAUCCCCCUCCUGAACACACUGUUGGGGCCCCAGCCACUUCUCCUCCUUCAGCACCCUUCCUGGAUGAACAGCUUAAAAAGCCUCAACUCAAGCGAGUGUUCCCUUUCCCUUCUGCCUGACCAGGGUCCCGUCCCAGCCUUACCACCACUGAAUACUUCAGGUUUCAUCCCAUGUCUGAAACACUUUCUCCGCUCCUUUAGCAUGUCCUCUACCUGCUGCCCUGGGGGCAGAGAGGGGAAGGGGAACCCACAUUGUCACACCUGGUUCCAGGCCCCAGCAGGAUUUGCUCAUUUCCCAGUGUCUUUUCCAGUUGUGUAUGCAGAGGCUGUCAGACCUUCCCUUAGAGCUGAUUUCACAGGAUUCCUCCAUAUGCAUGUGAUUCCUUUCUAAUUUCAUCUCAUUCCCCAAUGUUUACAUCAGUCCUUGAUGGUUUCCAGCUUCACCACCUUUUGUGCUCCAGCUCAAACUGCAAAUUUUCUCCACUCUGUACUGCAGCCCCUGUCAGUUCCUCCUCUGGCCCUGCUGCAUUCCUUCUCUCUUUUCCUGCCUCUCCUCUUAUCGGUCACAUGGCCUCCCAUCUCCAGCUCCCUGGAAGGUGGUGCACUAAAGGGAGAGAGGAGAAAUGCCUGGGCUGGCAGACACUAGCCCUGGAGGUGGGUGUUGAAUCUCUGUCCAGUUACAUUAGGAGCUACUCCAGGACCAGCAGCACAGGCAGAUGCCUAUCAAUAUUUCACUCACUGCUUUGUGUGACUCGUUUACAGCAAGGGGCUAAGCUGAUCUAUGUUUACGUAGCUUCCCUGCCCCUGCUGACACCCCUCGCUCUCCGUGCAAACCCUGUCACGCACCAAAGAAUUGAAUGGGGUAGACAACAGCCUCCUGCCCUCCCUUGGGUGCAGUGGAAGCCAGCAGGCAUGGCAAUGAUAUAUUGUUCUAGACCAUUUCCUACCUCUAUUCCAACAGGGUGGUGGGGAGAAGAAAGGCAGGAGCUGGAAGGAAAGUCUGUCUGCAGGUGCUAGCAUUGUUCUUGAUCUGUCAGCAUCCUGACUGCUGCUGGACCCAGAAGGGAGGUGGCAGCAGCACUUCACUUGCUGGGUAGUCUCUCUCCCCCCUCCCCCCACCCCCAGCCCAUGGCUUCUGUCUCAGAGCUGAGGUUUUCAGUCUGGUGGUGUUGGAGCCUCGGGGGCCAGGCCUCUGUGCACGGAGCCUUGGGGCUGAGCCCCAGCGCAGAUAGCAUGUAGGGUGUGUCCUGCGGCGGCUGGGAGAGAGCCUCCCACCCCAGACAGGCAGAUAUGGCUCGGCUCAGCUCAGACUGACCCACCCUCCUGCAACUGAGGGAAGGGGGCUAGUCAGACUUUGCACACGUGUUUGUAGUGCACUCUCUCAAGCCUAGCUAGCACAUCUGGCCUGGGCUGGGAGGCUCACUCCCCGCUGCAGUGGAGACACACGGUCGGUGGCACAAAGGUAAAAGCUUUCUCGCUGUCCCGGCUCCUGCUUAGCAGAGGCAGCGUGGGACACUAUUGCUGAAUUAGACACACUUUCUUCCCCUCCUUCUUUCCAGAAUAAAUGUUGCUUCUCAGCCUGUG